AGUUGUUUAUCUACGAACGUGUUGACAGUUUUCAUUACAGUGGAAUAAAAGAGUACGGACGAAGUAUUAUUUACGCAUUUGUGCCUAAGAGGUUUUAACAGUUUGUUGCUUUACGUUAGUUAAACGUUGCUUGAAUAUACAUAACAGUAACAUGGUUUCGAACGCGAAGAGGUCGCGAUACACAUCGGACACCACGUCCGAUGAAGACAUGGACUAUCAUCCGGGGACGGAAAACAAGCCCGCGAGAAAACCGACCAGGACACCAAAAUGUUUCUCUAAGAACGCCCUCAUGGCCAGAGAAAACAGGCUCAAGAAAAAAAUGUACAUCACCAAUUUGGAAGAUCAGGUGUCAUCGCUGAAUCUCGAAAACAAAAAGCUCUCCGCAUUGGUCGACAACCAAAGUCAAAUUAUCAGCGAUCUUAGACGCGAAGUCAGAUAUUUAAAAAGUGUCAUCAGCAACAGCGAUGGCUUGGGAAACUUGAUUAGGAACAUAAAUACCAAUACGGGGAUGGCCGUUACGACAUCUUUGGACAAAAGGUUGGGUUUGAGUGCGCAACACCCCCAGCAGGUACCGAGAAAAAAUGCACAUCCCUGGGAAGAGCCUGAUCAAAAGUACCCUGAUAUACCAACACCCGAGUCUUUGAAUUCCUAUUAUUCAAGUCCAGACUUUGAAGACACUUUUUUAAAUGACAUCGAUCUUUCUUUGGACAUGAACGACAAUGAUCUGUUGGACAUGAUUGAUGAAAGGACUUUAGAAACACCUUUGGUGCCCACUGGAGACCACUCUUACACCAAUUUGAUAAAAAAUGAAUCUACCUCCGAAACUCCCGAGCCAGUGGGAGUGUGUUUGCAUGUGUCGAACAACAAGGUGUCUCUUGAGUUCUGCCCCAGUUGCAGUCAGAGUGCCACCCAGGCGUGGAAACAAACCUGAAACUUCUCUAUUCAAAAAGGGAAGGUUGAAAGUCUGCGUGAAGCCGCCACUAUCUUUAAUUAUUAGCUUUUAAAUAUAUACAUGAUAGUGUUUUUACUUUCCUUACACUCGGAAAGCACUUUAUGUACACGAGAUAUUUUUAGGAAGGAAGCGAAGUGGAAACAUUAUAAAGAAAUGUAUUAAUAAUGUUCUAAUAGGAUGUGAUCCUUCCUGAAUGCAUCUUUCUUAAUCAAAGUAACUGCUAAGGCUGUGUGCGAUGUGAUGAAUUGGGGACUGAUUGCUAUAUAGUAAAUAAAUAGACCUGGGACUGAGAGUAGAGUAUAACAAAAUUGUAUCGUUCCGAGUUUUCUUUUUUGAAGUAUACUAAUAAUUCCAUUUUAGAUUUUAUUUGUGAAUCGUGUUGGAUUUUCUUUUAACCCUUAAAUUUUUAAGUUUCAGCGUUCGGCAGUUACAAGACGCAAGUUUCACGGGAGUCGGCUUUAAUUUUAAAUAUAGCAGCGCUGUGUAAGGAAAGACGAAUAUAUGUGCGCUUGAUGAUUAUUGAGCACAUUAUGUUUAAUUACCAUCGAUAUUAUAUGGAUGUAAUCGAGUGCAGUGGCCACCAUCUUUAUUACGCAAUUCACUGCCCCCUUUAUUUUUUUUUGUAAUUUUAAAUUCCAUCCAUUACCCCCCCACCCCGGCGUAUUAUCGCAAAUCACCACUGCUCUUGAAAUUUAGCGAAUAAUUAUGAUUAUACAAAGUAUAAGGACAUUAAACUCUAAUGUUUAAGUU